AUGGCGAGACCCCAAGGUACGGCAUUGGCCCGAUUCUAUGGCCUCCCUAAGUUGCACAAAGACGGCGCUCCUCUCCGAUCCAUCGUUUCACUCAAAGGGCCUCCACCGUACGGACUGGCUAAGUGGCUGUUCCGGCGUCUCAAGUUCCUGACCGCUGAGUCAGACACCACGGUCUCUUCGUCAGCACAAUUCCUGGAGAAACUCAAAGGGGUAAGCCUCCAUCCAAAUGACCUCAUAGUAUCUUCUGAUGUUACAUCCAUUUUUACUUCUAUUCCCCAGGACCUGGCGAUCGAGACAAUCGAACUGCUACUACAAAGCAAAUACGAUGAAACGGAGAACCGUUUUGGACACGCCCAAGUUCUUCAGCUCCUGAAGCUUAGUCUCAGGACAUACUUCACGUUCGACGGGACAAUCUACGAACAGGUGAAGAGCACACCAAUGGGUUCGCCGAUUUCGGGAUUCAUCGCCGAGGCGGUCCUACAACGGUUAGAGUCACAGAUCUUUCAACACCACAGACCGAAGUUCUGGGCCGGGUAUGUGGAUGAUACCUUCGUCGUCAUCGAUCGGGAUUAG